CAUUAUAUAGAGGAGGCCCGGAGUGCGGCUCAGGUGGCGUUCAUGAACUCCGGCACUAUAUUGAAACAGUCGGCGCCCAACCAACUCAUGUCGGAAUACCAGUGCUCAACACUCGAGGAGGUGUUCCUACAACUCUGCUAUCAACAUAAUAAGGAUAAAAAUAACGCAAAUCUUAUUGAACAAAGUAGUGAUGAUUCAAACAAUUUAGGCAUAAGUAAUAUAAACCCCAUUGAAAAUGAUUUGAUAAAUACUGCAAACAUUAGUAGUAAACGCUUAGACAUGACACGCGUUAACGCAAUGCUAAUGAAGUACUGGAUAUUUAUUAAACGCAAACCACAAUUCAUAUUCAUUUACUACACCAUGGUAAUUAUAACAUUAUGCGCUUGGAAUUUGAUUGUGGGCCGGGAUAUCAAUGGCAUUUCAGUCGCUGUAUAUAACAACGAUGAAUCCCCACAACGACUGUCCCGGAUGUUGAUUCAUUCAAUAGACGACAAACACAUAACAUUUGUGGAUUACCCGGACCUCGAGAGUGCCGUCAAUUCCGUACGCAAUGGACGUAAUUAUUUGGCGCUUGAAUUCAGACAAAACUUUUCCGACGCUUUCGAGACACGAGUGACCGAUCCGUUCAGCGCUACGGAUGAGGACGUGGAGGAAAGCCUCAUACAUUUAUAUCUGGAUAACUCAAAUGCUGUUAUUGGCUUAAUGUCGGUUAAAUACUUAAUGAAUGGGUUCACCAACUUUAUGGACAAAUUAGGGAAUGAGGUUGGCAAACCUAAUUUAUUCGACUUGAUUACACCCUUACAAAUAACUCAAAUCUACCAUGGCAAUUUAAAAAACGUGUUAAACACAUUUGAUGUGUUCGGUGCUCCCAUGUUAGUAGUGCUCGUCCUAUUAAUGCCCAUGCUACUUUCAGCAUUCUUAAUGGUCACCGCCAAAACCAAUAACACGAUAGAAAGGGUGUUUGUGUCGGGCGUUACAUCGCACGAGUAUUAUCUGGCACAUGUGGUCGUAAAUAUUCUCAUCAGUUUGGGCCUGGUUGUAAUCAGCAUGGUAGUAGUAUUUGUCGUGUUCAACGUGGAACAUCAGGGUAGUUUGGUGGAAAUAUUGGCGUUACUUUUCUUGCAGACCUUGGUAGGCAUAGCUAUAGGUUUAGCGUUUUCCUUAAUAUUGGCCGAUGUGGUUUCAGUCAUGAAGCAAUUCCUAACUAUUUCCUAA